UUACAAAUCAAAAAAGGGUCCGAUCCGGCGAUUCUUGUAUCCUUGUUCUUCAAGAAGCCUUCUCAGUUCUUUUUUUAACUCCAGUUAAGCAGUAACCAAAUCUAAGAAAAAAAGAUCAAGAAAAAGGUAAAAAUCAGAUAGUAGAUCUCAAUUAGAAGGAGAAGAAAAGUGAUUUUCGAGUGCAAAAGGGGAAAAUGGAGAGCGUAUUUGGAUUAGUGGGCAAAGAUUUCGCAAUAGUGGUGGCGGACUCAUCGGCGGUGCAUAGUAUCCUCUUACACAAGACCAAUGAGGAUAAGAUCAUGCUCCUGGACUCCCACAAGCUCAUGGGCGCAUCCGGUGAAACCGGUGACCGGGCUCAGUUUACAGAGUACAUACAGAAGAAUGUGGCUUUGUACCAAUUUCGUAAUGGCAUCCCUUUGACAACUGCUGCUGCCGCAAACUUUACUCGAGGCGAGCUCGCGACGGCUUUGCGGAAGAAUCCAUAUAUGGUGAAUAUCAUUCUAGCUGGCUACGACAAGGAGACGGGCCCUUCUCUCUACUUUAUCGACUAUAUCGCUUCCCUGCACAAGCUUGAUAAGGCUGCGUUUGGAUAUGGUUCCUAUUUUGCCCUCUCCAUGAUGGAUAGGCACUACCAAAGAGACAUGACAGUGGAAGAAGCUGUUAACUUAGUCGAUAAAGUCAUAAUGGAAAUACGAUCAAGGCUGGUUGUGGCCCCACCCAACUUUGUAAUAAAAAUUGUUGACAAGGAUGGGGCGCGGGAAUAUGCUUGGCGUGAAUCUAUCAAGGAUGCCCCGGUCAUUGCAUCUUGAGUGGUUUUCAAAGUUUGUUUCUAGUUUCUGAAGCUCUAAAUUUUCGUCUGAUAUGCUUAAAAAAUUACAUGGUUGUUGAAAUCUUCAUAUACUGGGUUGUUUUGUGAUUGAAUUAUUGCAGUUUGAUGAAAUUUCUUCUGAUUCUUAUUUAAAA